GUCUAAUCUUUGCAGUCAGAUGUGAUAAGAGUGUGUCUGACUCUGUGCAUACAGUCAGUACAGAGUGUAGCAGAAGCUGACAGGGUUCGGGCUUUUUUAUACAGUGCCUGCCAAUGAGGGCAGCAGCAUGAAAUCUGUACUGGAGACAGUAAUGAACCCUUCUGGGGUUUGGCUGCAUGGAGCUGUCGCCCAGAUUUUUCACCUGACGGCCGUGGUGUGCCUCGUCUGUGUGGUUCUGAAAGCAAUCCAGCUGUAUUGGACGAAGCAGAAACUGCUCAAAAUCUUUAAAAGUUUCCCAGGACCUCCCACCCACUGGCUGUAUGGCCACCUUAAAAUGCUUCAACAAGAGGAUGAACUAGACAACACAGCGUCCUGGGCAGAACAAUACCCACAAUGUCACCACAUGUGGUUUGGCGGUUUCCUAGCAUUCUUGUGCAUCAACCACCCUGAAUAUGCUAAGGCGGUAUACAGCAGAGGAGACCCUAAGCCUCUUGUGACAUACAGUUUCCUGGUUCCCUGGAUUGGGCAAGGAUUGUUGAUCUUAAAUGGGCCAAAGUGGUUCCAGCAUCGGAGGCUGCUGACGCCAGGGUUUCACUAUGAUAUUUUGAAACCUUACGUGACCAUGAUGGCAGAUUCUGUCCGAGUGAUGCUGGAUAAAUGGGAACAGCUGAUCACACAGGAUAAGUCAGUGGAGCUCUUUGAACAUGUCAGCUUGAUGACUCUCGACAGCAUCAUGAAAUCUGCCUUCAGUUACCAGAGCAACUGCCAGAUGGACAGUGACAAUUCAUAUAUCCAGACGGUCAUGGACCUCAGCUUGAUGGUGCAUCUGAGAUUGCAGUCGCCCCCGUAUCACAACCAUCUCGUUUACUGGCUCAGUUCUCAAGGGCGUCAAUUCCACAAGGCCUGCAGAUUAGCACAUCACCAUACAGAUAAAGUGAUCAGAGAAAGAAAGGAGUCCCUUAAAGAUGAGCGAGAGCUUGAAAAGAUCCAGAGGAGGCGCCACCUGGACUUUCUGGACAUCCUUCUGAGUGCUAAAGAUGAAAAUGGAGCUGGAUUAUCUGAUGAAGACCUACGUGCCGAGGUGGACACGUUUAUGUUUGAGGGUCACGAUACCACGGCCAGUGGGAUCUCCUGGCUCUUGUACUGCAUGGCCCUGCACCCAGAGCACCAGCAGAGAUGCAGGAAAGAGAUCAAAGAGAUUCUGGGAGACAGAAAUACUGUUCAAUGGGAUGACUUUGGGAAGAUGAUUUACACCACCAUGUGCAUCAAAGAGACUCUUCGUCUUUACCCUCCGGUACCUGGUGUAGCACGAGAACUCAGUGCACCUGUAACAUUUGUUGAUGGACGUACCUUACCAAAAGGCUCCCUGGUUUCACUGAAUAUUUAUGGUCUUCACAGAAACCCCACAGUCUGGCAUGAUCCAGAGGUCUUCGACCCUUUGAGAUUCUCACCAGAGAACUCAGCUAGACGCCAUUCCUAUGCUUUUCUGCCUUUUGCAGCUGGACCCAGGAACUGCAUCGGGCAGCAGUUCGCCAUGAACGAGAUGAAGGUGGCUCUUGCACUGACUCUGCUGCGCUUUGAGCUCUCCCCUGACCCAGCCAAGCCUCCCAUCAAAAUACCUCAGAUCGUCCUGCGCUCCAAGAACGGGAUUCACCUGCACCUGAAGAAACUUCAGUGACACUUAAAUGACUGGGACAUGUGUGUGAUACAUGACAGAGUUGAAUCUACAUUUGGUUGAAUAACUAGAGCUGGGUGGGAACUGAAAUUUCCCUUUCGCGGGAAAUUCUGUGAUUUCAAAAGGUUUUCGUUCAGAAUUGCAAUGGAAACAAUAGAAUUUCAAAAUUUCCCACAAAAUGAAUUUUUAAAAAAAGGUCGUUUCAAUAAAAUUUUAAAAAUUGUUCUGCGAUUAUCAAAACUUUUUGUUCUGCUUUUGACUUUUAAAUAAAACGCAAAAUGAAAAGCCGUUCUGAAAUAAACAAAUCUAAUCCUGUACCGGUGUAAAAAAACAUUGAUCGAUUUUUUUUUUCAAAACAAAUUCUGUCAAAUGCAACAAUUUCUGUCAAAAUUUUCACAGUUGGGGUUCUAGUCAAAACAAAGGCUGUGUUUUAUCUCUGCAGACGUAGCCCUGCUAACUCUCCUUUGUGAUUAACUAAAAAAAUAUUUGGGGGUGGGGAGGGCAGUGGAGAUGCAGCUGGGUAUUUUUAUUGAUCAUAAUAGUUUAGCAAGGGCUCAGCGUUGUAUAGAAGAGAGCAAGGACAGCAUCCCAGCUCUGAGAGACUUGCAGUGGGGCCAGACUCUGACACAAGGGGUGAAGGAGGGACAGGAGAGAAUAAGGAGACUUCCUCUCCCUCUCUCCUUAUUUUUGACAGAUUUGCAGCCCUUGUGCAGGGACCACUUCCUCUGAGGGAGCGAGACUAGUAGGUAGGGAGUUGUACUGGUGUACUCCAGAAAGGGUAUUGCAGUAAGUCCACCAAGGGACGAGAGUGCUCUGCAACUCCUGCUGGAGUAGUGUGCUUCCACACUACUCCCCAGGGGGAUGCUAUGCUAUGCUUGGCAGCCGGUAUCAAGUGGAGUGCCCCAAGGGUCGGUUCUGGGGCCGGUUUUGUUCAAUAUCUUCAUAAAUGAUCUGGAGGAUGGUGUGGAUUGCACUCUCAGCAAAUUUGCGGAUGAUACUAAACUGGGAGGAGUGGUAGAUACGCUGGAGGGGAGGGAUAGGAUACAGAAGGACCUAGACAAAUUGGAGGAUUGGGCCAAAAGAAAUCUGAUGAGGUUCAAUAAG